CUCCUCCUUCAUCGAGGGGGCGGGUUAAGGGGAGAGGCGGAGCCGAGGCUCGCCGGGCUCUUCUUAAUGCGGCGGACUGCCCCACGCUUCUCGCCUGCAGCGGCAUCGCCGGAGCGCCCGCCCCGCCGGAUCUGCAUCUUUGAAGAAGAUUCCAGUUGCGUGACCCACUGUAUUCUUUCUCCCAAAGAAAGUCCAGUCUACUGUGCCUUUGCCUAAGAAAAUGGAGAAGCUGAUGUCAGAGAAGCCUGUUCCAGUAUCUAAGGAUGAAAUGCAUUCCCUUCCUUCCCAGGCCAAGCCAGAUACGAACUCAUGCCCUCAUGCUUCUGGCAAAUACUUCCUCCCUAGUGGGACAGACCUUGAGGACUGUAAGACUAAUGAGAAGGAAAGGAAGUGGAUUCGUCCAGAUACACCCAGCAAAUGCACAUGGAAGCUUGGGAAACCCAUCUCUGCUUCCCCCCAUCGUCAUAUGUCUCUGCCAGAGCCUCCAAACAUUCUGCCCAACAUCCUGAAUAAAGUUGGCAACACACCGUUGGUGCGGAUCAACAAGAUUGGAAAGCACUUUGGGCUGAAGUGUGAACUCUUGGCAAAAUGCGAGUACUUCAAUGCUGGGGGCAGUGUGAAGGACCGCAUCAGCCUGAGGAUGGUAGAGGAUGCUGAGAGAGCUGGGAUCUUGAAGCCUGGAGACACAAUCAUAGAGCCAACCUCUGGAAACACAGGAAUUGGGCUGGCCUUGGCUGCAGCAGUGAAGGGUUACCGCUGUAUCAUCGUGAUGCCGGAGAAAAUGAGUAUGGAGAAGGUGGAUGUCCUGAGAGCUCUGGGUGCUGAGAUUGUGAGGACCCCAACUACUGCCAGAUUUGAUUCUCCUGAAUCUCACGUGGGUGUAGCAUGGAGACUGAAGAAUGAAAUCCCCAACGCACAUAUCUUAGACCAGUACCGUAAUGCCAGCAAUCCCCUGACACACUAUGACACCACAGCUGAAGAGAUCCUGCAGCAGUGCGAAGGGAAAAUAGACAUGCUGGUGGCUACAGCUGGUACAGGAGGUACCAUCACUGGCAUCUCCAGAAAGCUGAAGGAGAAGUGUCCAGGUUGCAAAAUCAUAGGUGUUGAUCCUGAAGGCUCCAUCCUUGCUCAACCGGACGAACUGAACAAGACCGAUAAGACAAUGUAUGAAGUAGAAGGAAUUGGAUAUGAUUUUGUCCCCACAGUGUUGGAUAGAUCUAUGGUGGACCAGUGGUACAAAAGCAACGAUGAGGAGUCAUUUGCUUUAGCACGCAUGCUGAUCCGAGAGGAAGGACUGCUGUGUGGUGGCAGCUCAGGCAGCGCAAUGUCUGUAGCUGUGAAGGCAGCCAAAGAGCUGAAGGAGGGUCAGCGCUGUGUUGUUAUCUUCCCUGACUCUAUCAGGAACUACAUGUCCAAGUUCUUGAGUGACAAAUGGAUGAUUCAGAAAGGGUUCAUGAGAGAAGAAGACCUUGUCAAAAAACCUUGGUGGUGGAAUGUCAGUGUUCAGGAGUUAAGCCUCUCAGCUCCCCUGACUGUGCUUCCAACUGUUACCUGUGCAAAGACCGUUGAAAUUCUCCGGGAGAAGGGGUUCGACCAGGUACCAGUUGUUGAUGAAUCUGGGGUGAUUUUGGGCAUGGUUACUCUAGGUAACAUGCUUUCUUCACUGCUUGCUGGAAAAGUUCAGCCCUCAGAUGAAGUCAGCAAAGUAAUCUACAAGCAGUUCAAGCAGGCAGAUAAUCAAGGAUCAGGUGGAAAUGUGAUUAACCUGAAAGACAACUUGGGGAAGCUCUCUCAUAUCCUGGAAACAGACCACUUUGCCCUAGUGGUUCACGAACAGAUUCAGUAUCACACCGAUGGCUCCUCCAGCAAGCGGCAAAUGGUGUUUGGCAUUGUGACAGCCAUUGACCUGCUCAACUUUGUGACUGCGCGAGAACGGGAAAGAAAGAUGAACUAAAGUCAAGGAGCAGUCAGGAACCUUUCCAGUAAUAUUUUGCAAUCUCCAACAAAGAAUCAGGUUUAUUUCUAAGGUCUGUUCUUAAGGUGUUUGUUAUGAAAUUCUGAAAAUAAGCUGUUAGUGAUCCUGGUGUCAGCUCUACAGCAAGUGCUUUCUACUUAUUGCACACUCUCUGGGAGUUCGUUUCUUAAUCGGGUUACGUGAUAUUUCUUAAGACAAUUUAUUUUUUUACCUAUAUGUGUGUGUGUAAAAAAUAUUGCCUAAAUUAACUGGUGUGUUCCUUACCUGUUGCGUCCGAAGGCUGGCUUUUCAAAAAUGAUUUCAGAUGCAUUAAAUAUGUGGAAAAGAGAGUUAUAAGGCAGAAGUCUAAGAGCUCUGGAAAGUAUUUUUUGAUGUGGAGGGUUGUUAAGAUAGUAUAGCACAGAAACAAAAACAUGGAAUUUGUAGUUGCCUGUCAGGUGAUGUUGACUUGGAGGAGGCAGGAUACACAAAAGUAGGCAAGAGCUCAAAGCCGAAGUAACACCAGAGAUACUGUCAACCCACCAGCAGUGUGACAGGUUGGUUUGUCUGCUGGCAGCUUCUUUUUUGUGGCUAAUAAGAACUUCAUUGUAAUGAAGCCUCAGGUUGAUACAUUAAUUCAUAAAUGAUGUACCAAUGGAAGCUAGGUUAAUUCCACACUUAGUUUGUUUCCUUAGUCAUCAACUGUUCUUUUGGAAUAAGGUUAGUAAUGAAGUAAUAUAACUCACAGUCUCCCUUGAGAACUCACUUUGUCAAGAAUGAAUGACGGAGACUUGUAGACUAAACGAAAAAGCUGGGAAUUGGGAGUCACCAAGCUGCAGUCAGGAGAGGAGAGAAGGGAAGCAGAAGUCACCAAAGCGAUCUGCAAUCUGUGACUUGGAUGGAAGCAGGUGGCCUUGCAAUUUUAAUUAACAGGUUGAUGCUCUAUUCCUAGUGGGUUAUUCUACAGGCAGAAAACAGUCUAAAUCUACUAUUUGAGACUUUGUUAGUGGCUGGAUUCAGCUUUUAAAGUUGUUUCUUUAUUAUUUCUUUAUUAUAUAUAUAUUUCUUUAUUAUCUUAUUAUAGAUGAACCCUCCAGGAAUGGUUCAUCUUUAAUAUCCAUUGUAGAAUACAGCUGAAUGACACCAGAAGUUGCUUACCUUAAAAUAUGGUUUAACCAUUACAACCUGAUAUUUAGUCUAUCUAUACCUCUGUGUGAUUUAAGACAGCUUUUGCUAAGACUCUGGAAUAAACUGCCAUAUAAUCUAAAACUUUGCUAAUUCGGUUUUAGGGGACAGUAGGUUUCUUUAAUUUCUUUUCCAGUUAUUUCAAACAUUGUUAUCAGAUGUAUUUUCUCAUAUGUUGUUAAUUUCCUGGGAGCAACAAGAAGAGCUUGUUUCUUUGGUUGUAUUUUCACUGCAUCCUUGCAGGAUGAUGCGCAGAAGGCAGCUGCCACACUUCUCAGAAGAGCAGUACAAGAGAGAAGUAGGAUUGUUAUGUUCAGGUUGAGGAAGCCAGAGACUAAUGGGCAGCUUUACCUUUGACACAGUGGGAAGUAUGAGGAUUUUGGCUUUUCAUUAUAGUUUACUGUUCAUAAAUUAAUCUCCACCAUGUCCUGAAAACCAGGUAGUGUUUGUACAACAGAAGGGUUGAGCAGAGCUGGCGAGGAAGAAGGUCUGCGAGUUGAAAGCAAUCCAAGCGAGUAACCCAAAUUAAUGUAGCUGCACUGCUCUGCACAUGCAGUUUGUUAGGAGCUGUUUCCUGCUCUGAACUGACACAAGGAAAUGCUCACUGACUGCUCUUAUUCAGAGUAGCAACCCUGUGUGGUCAGUGGGAAAUAACUGGAGGUUCUGAAUGACUGGAAAACUUUCCAGAGCUCUCUUCUGCUGUAGGGAUGGAGACAGGGAGUCCUGCAGAAUGGAAGUUCCUGUGAUGCAAACGUUCAUCAGCGUGAUGCUUUUCUGCAUACCAGAAAGUGCUCUUACUACCUUGAUCCUAGUGAGAAGCUAAAGGGCUAUGUUACUGCUUUACUCAUCUAUCUUUGUUUCAAAUAUUGUGAGGACCAGGAAAGACAUCGCUGUUUGUUCAGUCUUUAAUACAAAGUUUGAGUCUAAAGCUUGAACAGAACUGUCUUCAUUUCUUUUCUGAAGUGGGUGCCUGCAUCUCCUGUUUACUUGUGCUGGUUAAGCACAUGCUGACUGUCAGCCUGGAAACUAUUUUGCACAUGGUUAUUUAUAUAAACAAUUGAUGCUGUGUUUCUGUA